AUGAAAAAGAUUUUCUUUUUACUACAUGCUGUUGCUAUUUGUACUAUCGGUUAUGCUGAGGAUCCUCCGGCUCCAGUCGUAAUUUGGCAUGGAAUGGGUGAUAGCUGCUGUAAUCCCCUUUCCAUGGGGCGCAUCAAGAAAAUGAUUGAAGCUGAAGUUGAUGGGGUCUAUGUGAAGAGCUUGAUGUUCGGAGGAAACGUUUUCACUGAUACCGAAUAUGGAUUUUUCUCUGAUGUUAAUAAUCUGGUCAAGUCAGCUUGCGAUCAAAUCGCUGCUGAUCCAUAUCUUCAGGAUGGUUACAAUGCUAUUGGUUUUUCACAGGGUGCUCAGUUCCUACGCGCUGUGGCUCAGAGAUGUCCAGAACCACCAAUGUUGAACUUUGUCUCUGUUGGUGGGCAGCAUCAAGGGAUAUUCGGAGUCCCUUAUUGCAGCUCGGAUGUCAUGUUGUGUAUGAUGAUGAGCAAGUUGCUCGACUAUGGAGCUUAUACAACUUUUGUUCAAAAAAGAUCUGUUCAAGCUCAAUACUGGCACGAUCCUUACAAUGAGGAAUUGUACGUAAACAAGAGUUUGUUCCUUGCCGAUAUCAACAAUGAGAAAAACUAUUUCAAAGGAAUUUACAAAGAUGACAUUAAGAAGAAGAUGUACAGAAAGAACCUUCUGAAGCUCAAGAAUAUGCUUCUGAUUAAGUUCACCAAAGACAAGAUGAUCAUACCCAAAGAGUCAUCUUGGUUCCAAUACUUCGCUCCUGGUACUAAAGAUAUUCAACCUUUGAAUGAAACAAAGCUGUACAAAGAUGAUAUGAUUGGUCUGAAGAAGUUGGUUGAAAGUGGCAAAGUCAAAUUCCUUGAAAUCGAGGGUGAUCAUCUGCAAAUAACGAAUGAAGAGUUCAAAGAACACGUCAUCGAGCCUUAUUUGAGGAAUAAGCUUGAGUUUUAA